UCAAUAAAAGCGGAUCGCUUUGCGUUAUAGAAAAAUUAUAAUUAAAUAAAUAAAAACAUAUAUAAAGUUUGUGCGAAAAAUGGAUAAUAUCCAUAGCAUUUAGUGGAAUUAAAUAAAAUAAAAAUUGUUGAAAUCAAUGAAAAUUAGAAUACGUAUAAAGAAAAAAGUGGGUGUUAACCAUAAGCCGAUCUAAAGAUGGUCGGAUUACUUAAUCCCAUAAAAUAUGGUGGAAAUUUUUACGAUUUAUAUACUUUAACUACAAGAAGGAAAGUUCAAAAUGAACGAAAACAAGGCAAACGUAAAAACAAGGAUAAGAAAUCGCCAAUAGCUAUUUUGGAUGGAAAUCCUGAGCUGCGUGUGCUUAAUCCUUUGGAUCCACCAUUAAUUAAGGAACAACUUCUAUUGUGUCCAGCAUUUCCAGUGGCACACAUCGAACUGCAAUCGAAUGCCUCCCAAUUUGCAGUAUUUUCUGCCAUACGUUCCACCGUUCUGGAAGCAGAAACUAGGCGUUUAUUAUUCUACGAGCUAAGCGGUAAUGUAAGACAUUUACCCAACAUCAAUUCAACAUGUUGCCUCCUUUGUGGCUCCUGUUUGGCCAGCAAUCAGUCUAUAGAGUGUUCUUGCCAUACUCUAAAUGCACUGCAACAAGUUGGAGGUGCCAAUGGGGCUGGAGUUGUGGCCCCAGCACCAGGUGGUGUGGGAGGUGGCAAACGUUCGCGCCAAGACUCUGCCAACAGUGAUGUGGAAUCGGACUCUGAGGAGUGCAUUGAGAAGGAGACUAAAAUUGUCUCUGUUCCACUGAUUGUGGGUGCGGGUUUACGCAGUCUCUUUGAAUUGAUUUCAGAGGCACGUCAUAUUCAACCAAUGCUUUGCUCGAAGGCUUUAAAAGCCUUGCUCGAUGUUAUUCAAGGCCAACAGCCGGAGUCAUUUAAGCAUGAACCCGAGGAACUUAUAAAUCCUUUGUAUGAUUUAUUGCUGGAUUUGGCCACCAUGAGCACGGGCACCACCACAGAGAGUAGUGCUGGUGUGGCCGGCAAUGAAGGUGAUUGGUCUGCAGUGGCCUGUUCAGCUUUGGUGGGCCUGUGUAUUGCCCGAGGAGAUACUGGAAAAAUGUUGAAAGCUAUAGCGGCUCUUAUUAUGUCACCAAGGCACUUGUCGAUUCAGCGCAUUCAAAUGCCCGCAGUCUUGGGAAUGUUACAGCGUACAGUGAUAAGCGCUGCCUUGGCCAAGCCCACAUGUCCGGAGUUUUAUACAAAGGGUGUGCCGGUUAAUUCAUUGGUGGAUGAGUUCAACAUCAAGGCUCCCUUUGGAGGCUUUACGGAACCAGCUUUGGCUUCGGAUGGCACAUAUUUAUAUUUGCUGUUGGGUGGUGCCCUUCUUAAGAUUGGAACUGGCUACAAUGGGUCCUAUAAAGGACACAUUUAUAUGCAGAAUGAUGAGUUUACCAAAGAGAAAACCGGUUGGUUGGGCUACAGCAAUGGUCAACUCUACUAUCGUAGGAAUUCAAAACGAAAUGCCGAUCAUUUGCAUUUGGUCAAUACCGAAUUGCUGACCAUAAAGAGCAUGAAUCCUGUCAAUAUGCUACCCAUAAGGGAGGGUUUCAACUACACCCUUUUCACCGAUGAGGAUUCCCUCAAUGCCAUAUGCACCAAUAGAGAUGAUUCCUUGGUGGUGCGCCGCUUGAAUAUAGGCCAUCAAAAUCGCACUGCUGAUCGCGACAAUAGCCUGCCGGUGGAAUUGCCUUUGCAGUUGUCCCGUAAGCGCUUCCGCAUCUUGGGGUAUGCCACUUUUGAGGAGGAAGUAUUGAAUCAAAACCAAAUCUUGAAAAUUCAAGCAUCCUAUAACAUCUUUGAGCCCAAGAUACCCAAUGAUGUGGACCUGCAGGAGAUUGUUUGCGGCAAGGAGUUUGGUUUGGUGUGUGCCAAUGGCAAAGUCUACUACUAUGGCAAAUCGAGUUCCUUAGGUUUGAAAUCCGUGGGUCGAACACCUAUUAUGAAGCUCACCGAAUUGAUUAUCUCGAAGAUAUCACGAAUUAUCCACAUUGCUGUGGGCCAUGAUGGUAUCCAUGCACUGCUGGUGAAUGAUGAUGGUACUGUGUAUUUUGCUGGCACAGCUCGUCGCGGUGAGGAUGGCGACAUCUCGAAGAAUAGACGUCAACCCAAGGCGGUCAAACCAAAGAAAAUGACCAAGAUUGAGGGUCAUGUUAUUGUGCAAGCUGCCUGUAAUAAUGGAACAUCGGCCUUUGUUACCAAAACUGGAAAGCUGAUCAUGUUUGGCAAGGACACCGUGCACUGCGAUUCCCAGGGCUUUGUCAGCGAUUUCUCUGACCAGCAUAUUCAGAAAGUGAGUUUGGGCAAAGCCCACUGUGUGGCUCUCAAUGCCAAGGGUCAAGUAUUUACGUUUGGCUUGAAUAACAAGGGCCAGUGUGGCCAUGUCUACAACAAAUCGAAGGAAAACAGCAGUUCGCCCUCGGUAAACGUUGAUGGCUCGGCCAAUGGAGGUGGUAAAUCGCAAAGUCUAAAGAAAUUGAAAUUCGAUUUUUCCAAUUUGUGUGACUACGACGAUCACAGCGUGGUUCAGGGCCAGUGUAGGGUGUGUGUGGUUUGUAGGGAAUGCACCGGUUACAAUGUGUCCUGCGUAUCCUCCUUGAAUGUGCCACUGGAGGAAAGAGUGGGAGGAGCUAUAUGUGCCUGUGGCCAUGGUGAUGCUGGCUGUUCCAAAUGUGGCCUUUGCGCCACUUGUAUUGCGGUGCAGGAAGCUGAAAAUGGUUGGUAUUUUAAAUGCUUUUUAAAAAUUGAGUACUUUUUCACAACUUCUUAUAAAGUUUCAGACACCAAGGACUCGAAUAAACAACUCAACCGUCAACGCUCCAAGAGUCUUAUUAUGCGUCGCAAGGAUAAGAAGUCCAUUGAUGAUACUAGCAGUCAUGCCGAAGAAAAUCCACCUCGUGUGGCCCCCUUGGCUCCUCAGCUUUUGCAGAUGCCUUCCACAUCUCCUGUGGUUCAAGUAUCCUGUGGCCUCCAUCAUACCGUCCUCUUAACACUCUCUGGAGAAGUUUACGCCUUUGGCAGUAAUCAAUUCGGGCAAUUGGGUACUGGUGACAUGCAACCAGUUAGCGGACCAGUGCGUGUUAAUGUUCCUGGCAAUGUUUGCCAGGUGGCUGCUGGUAGCAAUCACACUGUACUCUUGACCUAUAAGGGUCUGGUUUAUACCUUCGGCAACUUCCAAAAAGGCCAGCUAGGUCGUUUACCCCAUGACUUUCAACAGAAGGGCUCGAAUUCUCGCGGUGAUGGUGAGAAAGCCAGUAGUGCUGCCCAAUUUCGCGAGGCUUUGGUUAAUAGUGAAUCGCUGCCGGAAAAGGCCACGGUGGCUCAACUUAUAUCACAAAGGCAAAAGAUUUUGUGGCAUUGCACUCCAGGAGUGGUAUUUGGUAUAGGUCCUAGUUUUGGCAAAAAGGCUACCUGGAUAGGAGCAAGCGGUGACCAGACAUUUAUUAAAUUGGAUGAAUCCUUAAUAACCACACAGAUGCUGCCAAAAAUGAAUGUGGCUGCCAAUAAGAAAACAAUACUAAUGAUACCCACAAUACCCUUGACAUUUAGUGCAAUUUCCAUAAAUCGUCGCGAUGGCAAUUGUACAGCUCAUUACUACAAUCAAGUGGACUUUGCUAAAAUGGAACAUUCGAAUAAGCCCAAGGUGGUGCCCGAAGUCAAUCAAAAUGUAGAUCAGAACACUAUGGUGCAACUGGGUCCCAGCUCCUCCAAUGCCAUUAAUGAGCAAAUGUCCCGAAGUAUGCAUGAGGCAAGAAAUCAAAUGUUCGACUUGCAAGACAAUCACAUGCAUAACCCCUCGUCUAGUAUACAGCGUAAGGAGCGAAAUCGCGAAUAUGCCAAGGGGUCUUUAAAGAGCCCAUCUUCGCCCAAGGCGGCGGCCUCUUCGUCAACGGCUGCAAUAAAUGAUAAAACCUAUACAAAAUUAGCAUUUGCCAUGGAUCCCAUGUACAAUAUUUUGUGGGUUUACGAUUGCAAUCAAAAGAAGGUGCUCAGCUAUAACGUGCUGGCCAGUGAGAUACAACAGAGUGGAAUGAACUCCUCGAACUAUAGGGCUUUGUUAACACCUGAGUUAUCAUUGCCAAAUAAAUUGGAUUCGAAAAUAUCUCGCUUGCAUGCCUCACUCAAUUUAUUGGCCUGUUUGGAUGUGCUGACAUCGGCUCAGGAUUUCAUACCUGCUUGUUUCGAAGACAUUUCUCCCAAGGAGGAUAAUCAAAGCAAAGAGCAAAAGGACAAUCAGUAUCAGAUAUGCAAUCGUUUUGACAACUUUGGAGGAGGUUGGGGCUAUUCAGGACAUAGUGUGGAGGCUAUACGAUUUUCGGCUGAUACCGAUGUAAUGAUUUAUGGCUUUGGCAUGUUCGGCGGCCGUGGCGAAUAUUCUUGUAAACUUAAGCUUUACGACAUGGGCUGCGACGGUGGCGGCUAUGAGAAGGAGGGUACAUUGAUAAGUGAAACCAAAGAAAUUCCCUUUGAAUGCCCUGCUCGCAGUAAAUACCAUAUUCUGUUACCCAAGGCGGUGAGUAUCACCGCAGGACGCUGGUAUUUGGUAUGGGCCCGCAUUGCAGGCCCUUCCUCAGAUUGUGGCUCAUGUGGCCAGGCAACAGUGACAACCGAAGAUCAAGUUGUCUUCACUUUUAAAUCUUCGAAGAAAGCCAACAAUGGAACCGAUGUUAAUUCUGGUCAGAUUCCAGCCAUAUUAUAUCGACUUAUCACCCAAGAAUCUAAACAGCCUCCGGCACCAGUCGAUAUAGAUCCAGUGAAACGGGUUACCAAAGAAUUUGCCAACAGCGUUACCAAAGAAUGCUUCGAGAGUUUGGUCUUAAUGCUAAACUGGUCCUGGGAGGCGUUCAAAGGCUAUCUAAGGGAGCAGCGUGAUAUGUCCCAUCAAUUGCAGGUCAAGCAAUCUCUGGAAUAUUUGAUACAUGUCAAUAAGUCCUGCUUACGCCUACUGCGAAAGUAUACAAAUGAAAUUUAUCCUCAGUAUGGAACAUCAGAUGAAAUAGCCGAAUACAUUUCAACAGCCUCGACUCACAAGACUAUGGGCAAUAGAACGGAAAAGGAUGUUACGAAAUUUACAAAACCCUCCAACAGUCUGUUGACAAAAUAUUUCAAUGACAACAUUGGCGGUGCAGGCGGCGGAGUAUCUGGGUCUGGCGUAGGCAAUCAAUCACCCAUGAAGAAAUCCAACAUGGAGAAUAUACAACUGGCCGAAUGCAUUGGCAAUGUUAGGGCCAUGUUGAUAGGUAUCUUCUGUGAUGACAUCUUCCAGGACAUUAGCAGCGAUGAGGCCCUAUCCAUGGCCUUGGAGAUAUUGGAUGAAUGCCAUAUAAGUUUUGUGGCUUGUUUUGGGGUUUUCUAUCCCACAUCUACUUUGAAAUGGAAUUGUUUGUGUGACUUACUAUCGGAGAUGGAUAAGCAAGGAACUUUGCAUUCCCGUUUGCUGAGUGCCAUAUUGGCUGGGCUUUGUUCGCCAACGGUUAAAUUAAGAUCAACCUUUGCUUUGCUUAACCAUGGCAAUGAUCGGCAUUCAAUUGUCAGUCCCAGUGAUAAUUCUGGACUACCCAUGCUUUCCUCAACCGAUUCACAUCAAUAUCCCAUAUUAGUGGAGCAGAUGAUCUAUCGCACGCAACAGGAGAAACGUGAUUUUCUAAGUAAUUCCUGGACUUUUAAGGAUGUGUUAAUGCGUCUUCUGGAUAUUAUUGCUAAUCCCAUAAGGGAUCGUUUGGAGAACAUCUACAAUAGGAGUGUGCCUUACACAUAUUCAAGCAGUAGUUAUUGUAGUAAGGACUUCAAUCAGGGUCUAAUUGACAACUGUUGUCAUUUGUUGGCAAGAGUGUUGGCGGAGAUAGUUUAUCAAACGGCCAUAGGAGACUAUGACAAAAUGUUUGUGCCUCCGCGUACUCUGCACUCGUCUGGUUCAAGAUUUGCUCGUUGUGAUCAGAGCCGCACUUGGAAUACCGGUAGCUUUGGUCCCGAUGCAAUUGCCUUCUCAGUAGAUCGUAGUGGCAUAGCAGUGGCCGGUUGUAUGGUAUACACCGGAUCCGGAAGUUAUGAAUAUCAAUUGGAAUUGUUAUGUGAUACUUCGGGGGAUUUGCAGCAACAACAGCCAUUGCAGCAACAGCAGCAUAAAUGGGAAACUCUGGAAUCAGUGUCGGGGACCUAUGAUCAGACUGUGGUACAAAACGAUAUGGCUGAGGUGAAAUUUGAACGUUCGGUUUUAAUAAAGGAAAAUUCCCGCUAUGCUUUGAGAUUUUGUUCUCAAGGUCAUCGAACAUGUUCAGGAGAUGGUGGUUUGCCUUCAGUAAGAGGUCCUUGUGGCACUACCUUCCAAUUUUAUGCCUGCGACUUGAGUUUUAAUGGCACCAAUGCCCAUCGUGGCCAGAUACCAUGUAUUCUCUACUACAGCACUCCCAUUAAAUCUGAGACAAAUGGCUGCAAUGGUGGAACAUUUGGCUCAAAUGGCAGCACUUCCAACGAUGUGUCUUUGUCCAAUGAGACCACCAUGAGGGACACAGCUUUACAAAUAGCUUCGGAUAUAACUAAGAAAUGUUCGGAACUUUUAGUUUUGGCUCGCAACACUUUGGCUGCCUCUUUAUCGCCAUCGGACAAUUCCUCAAAUCACUCGCAGACUAUAGACUCGGAGCAUAAUAUUACACCCAUUGAAGAGCAUAUGGAUAUUAACUGGGCCAACAAUUCAAGAACCUCACAUUUGCCCGCUGAAGCUGGAGGCUUGUCUGCAGCAAGGGAUUUAUCCAAAAGGCUGGAGUCCUUCUCAAAGGGCAUCAUUGAAACUUUGAAGUUUGAAAAGAGAUCUACCAAUCCAUUUGAAAUGGAAAUUGAAAUUGGAGCCACAGAGAUACAUCCCAAGGAUUUGAUGAUUGAGGAAAGUUCUUCCAUACAUGAUUUAAAUUUCCGCAAUGGCCAAAUUACAAAAUUCAAUGGCAAUGAACGCGUGGGAGCCGAGGCGGUGGAAAGCUUAAUGGGAGCUUCAUCACAAUUCCAUCCGGUGGCCAUGGCUCGCGCUGACUCUGAGGAUACUCCUGCCCAUAUGGCAGCCUCACAGAUAUUGGACGUUUUCAAUUAUGGUUCAUCGAAUUUGUUUCAUACUCUAUUGCCAUUGGUCUAUGCACAUAUUGCAAAUCUGGCAUGUAAUGAUGCCAAAAGUUCUGUUCAAAUACUGGGUCUGAUCAAAGAUAUUUUGCCCCAUAUUGCGGCUCUCAAUCAACUGAGCCUGAACAAGGAGACUGGUGUGCCAGGCAAUCUGCCCCGCUUAAGGCCUUCAUUCGAUUUAUUCCAUAAGAAAUUAGAUCUGGUCAAUGAAGCUUGCAGCAAUGCCUUGGUGGCAGCAGCAUCGUCUAAUCCACCCAAUGAUCAUUCGCCCACCAGCGAUAUACCAACCACCAGCAAUCACUACUGUAUCGUGGAAAGUGAGCAUCCUUAUAGAAAUGCUUCCAUAAAUUGUUAUCGUGUGGAAUUUCCUCCCUGUGUCCAAUGGCUGACCAUCGAAUUCGAUGCUCAGUGUGGCACAGCCCAAUUGGAGGACUAUCUGCUGGUAUCUGUGCCCAUGAGACCCUUGAUUUCGUCGGAAAUGUGUCAUGCCAAUGAGGACUACUAUGAUAUUUUGGAUAAUAAUGUGAAAAGUCAUCGUAGUGCUGAAGGGACUCAAUGCAAAAAUGCCUCAUUGCUGACAUCAUGCUAUAAGACAACGGCGCAAAAGGAGGCGGAACAUAAGAGCGAACCCGACUGGUUUGUGGUGAAAAAGUUUAACACAUCCUCAAACUGGCUACAGAAUGUUAUGAUAUUACCAGGAAAUUGUGUGGAGUUUUCUUUGGAAACUUCUUCUUUAUAUGCCCAAGAUCCGCGCGUCAACCGUUUUGGCUUCAAGUGCUUGGUUGUUGGUUAUGAUAAUCCUGUUUUGUUAAACAGCAAUAAUUCUUGCUUAGUUCGCAUAGAGCAAGAACUCUCGUAUUUGGGUGGCAUGUGCAGUGGCAAUCUGAUGAAGAAAAACCUAAGUCUUCCAGAUGACAAGGAUGUCGAAGACUUAUCAACCAUAAGUGAAACAAUAAGCACACACUUCACUUUGCUAUCCAAGGGAUUGGCAUUAGCCGAGCCUGACUUAACCAUACAUCAAGCAUUGGAAUCAUAUUUGCCAAUAGGUUCACAGUCAAAUGAAAGGCAAUUCCUAAAAGAUUUCAUUAGCGGUGCCCCCGGCUCGUCUGGAGCACGUUUGGCGGCUUGGCUGCAGCCGGAACCGCGUUUAGAUCCCAACAAAUGCGAGUUGAACACAAUCACUGAAGCAUUGCGUUAUGGUUGGCCAACACAAAUUACUGUGACCAUAAGAGAUCAGUAUGGGGAUGCAAUUGUGGUGCCCGAGUUGAAGGUUGAAAUCAAAGCCAUACCCACUGGCUCCGGAGGAAAUGGAAAUGUUAAGGUACGCCGUGCCUCACAGACUGAUACUUAUUUUGGAGGUGUAGCACCGCCUCCUCGGCAAAAUUAUGAACCCACAAUUAAGGAGAAAAUGUGCUUCAAAGCCAUAACAUUCAUGAAGCCAUACACCAACUACUCCUUUGAGGAGUUGCGCUACAAUAGUCCCAUCCAGACGCGAGUCACUGAGACUCUGUUUGCCCAAGAUAUGGAGGAUGGUACAUUCAGUGUCCAUUGGACACCCAAUGCGGUGGGCAGCUAUUGUCUGACAGUAACCAUAGAUGGCAUACUGCUGGAGGAGGUCUACCGUGUGGAGGUUAAGGAGGGCAGCAUACCACCUCCGGCCCACAAGAGAGUUAUGAAGAAUCAUCAUACACCCAACAAACUAAGAAAAUUUUACACUGAGAACACCGCCGGUCUACGCAUUCGAUCUCAUCCCACCCUGCAAUCCGAGCAAGUGGGUAUUAUUAAAUUGAAUGGAGUCAUUUCAUUCAUAGACGAAAUUGAGAAUGAUGAUGGUGUUUGGUUGCGACUAUCCACAGAAUCCAUAAGGCAGCACUGUGCCAUGGGUUGGUAUCCCACAGAGGCAUGGUGUUUGCAGUACAAUCAACAUUUGGCCAAGACUUUGUUACAUCCCGUGAUCGAAAAUACCCCAGGACCAAGAGAGACUACCACCACUGACAUGAACAUGGACAGCCAACCCAUGUCGCCAGUACCAGUGGCCUCGGCCAUGCCUGCUGAGGCUAGAAAUAGGCAGCGUGAUAUUUUGGAAAAUUUGGAACCUGUUAGUGCCAGCAUAGAAUCACCAUCAUCGACUACCAAGUCGGAGUCGCCCAAUAAAAAAAUGUUUGAUUUUCCCAAUAAUGCUUUGAAGCCGGUAGAAUUUCCGCAUGUUUCCACCAAUCCUUUCAUUUGUGCUGAUACCGAAUCUAAAAAUUCGCUUGGAGAACACCAAACUCAUCCCUUUGGAGGUGGCGCCAUUGAAGAUGAACCCAAGGAAGAUCCAUUUGGGGCAGGAAAUUCGGGUGGCAGCAAUGCCAUAGGUUCUGCUAUAGCCGGGGUGGUGGGAGGUGGAGCCAUAAAGUUGCAAGCUUUGCAAAAAUGGUUUAAGGGGGAUAACGAACCCCAUUCGGGAGCAAGAGACUACUCGUUUAAGCCCUCCGAUGUGGGCGAAAUAGCUUCUGUGUCUGUCAGAGAGCUAGUGCGGGUCAUGGGUGGACAAGAUACGAGGACGGUCAAUGGCAAUGGCUCGCAGCGCUCUUGUAGUCCCAUAAAAAUUCCCGCAGAUGACAAAGCUGGCGAUAGUCCAAAUAACAGUGGGCGUUCAGCAGAUACUUCGGCGGAAAAUUCCAUUUUGCAAGACUCCAGUAAUUCGGGAAGAAGUGCCAAAGAUGAGGCCACUCAAUUGGAUGUGGGAAACUUCGAUGUGGCCAAUAUGCGUAAGACGCACUUUACCCCAAGCCAAACAGCUGCCUUGCUGAGUACUCCCAAACAUUCACCACGCCGUGUUGGUGCUGCCGCUAAGUCGGUAGCUGGCGGUGGGGCAUCGUGUUUGGCAAAUGAGGCAGCUGCCCUAAAGGAGUCAGACAUCUCCAAUUUGGAGGAGGAGAUGAGUUUAAUGCAAAUCACCACCACCUCCACUGCUGUGGGAGGUGGUGGCUGCACAGUGCAGGAUCAGAUUUUGUUUGGAGAUGCCCGCAACACCAAUUCCACAGCGAGUACUGACAACUCCAGUCCACCCAUAUGGCCGGAACCGAUAGCUUCGGCGGGAAGCAAUGCCACACAGAAUGCUUUCUUCAAAUCCAUGCCAGCAGCCAAGAAAACCACCAUGGGUCCCAUAAAACGGGCCAUGCCUCCUUCAUUUGCCGAGAGCAUUCGGGCCGUGUUUGCAGCAUUCCUUUGGCAUGAGGGCAUAGUUCAUGAUGCCAUGGCCUGUGCGAGUUUUUUGAAAUUUCAUCCCAAUCUACCGAAGGAGGGCACCACGGUGGUCACUCGCAGAGAUCAUGGAGAGGGCCGGCAGCAACUGUCCAAAGAGCAGAAGGCCCAGCAGAGGCACUCCGUCGAGGUGGCCAAUGCUGGGAACUAUUUAAACAUUAGACCCUCGACCCUGGAGACUCUAACAAAGAGUGGCAAUUUUUCGGUAAACAACCGCAAAUAUCGCAAAGGUUUAUCCAAUGAUGGUGGCGAUGGCAAUGCAGCUGAUAUUGGAGAGAAGCAGAAGCUGCAUGCCCUGCCCGAAGUGGUAACUGUCCUGCCACCGGCUUUGCGCAGCCUAGUCUAUUUGUGGGAACACAUAUGCUCGAAUUGUGUUCACAUAGUGCAAUCGAACUCCCUGAACCAGGAGAAGUUCAAUUCGCGUGAGGCCAAUGGUGAUUCCAAAGAGAAGCCCACACCAAAAGAUAAGGAGAAUAAGAAGGCCAAGAAGAAGAAGGACGACGGUUCCUGGUGUGAGAUAUGCCAGGUGUUUCUGCCCAUACCGGUGACCUAUCACAUGCGCAUUGUCCAUCCCGGCUGUGGCAAAUCGGCCAAGGGCAAGGGUUACAACAGUGUGGGCAUCUUCUGUGAAGGUUGGGCCGGAAAUUGUGGCGAAGGGGGCAAGGGAGCUUCCAGUUGGUUUCUGAUGUGUGACACUUGCCGCGACAAGUACAUAUCAACCAAUAAGAACACCAACAAUCUGAACAACACCAAUGCGGCAGGUCCUUGCAAUGAACUGAAUUUGUUUGGCAUAAAAACGACCACCCUGAUAGCCAAUUCGGAUAUCUACAACACCAUGAGAGAGAAUGCCACCUUUUUGCUGGAGCUCUCUUCGAAUGUUUCGAAUUUGCCCACAGAUUCUGGCAAUGUCACGAGUGGUUUGGGCUCCAGCAAGAGAUCGCCCCAACAUAUGCCGGUAGUGGCAGAACAUCAGCACUUCAAUAUGAGCGAAAUGAACAAGCCGAGCACUAGUCGGGGAGAUGGAGCCCAGCAACGUCACAGCCGAGUUGGCCUGAGGAUCAAUGGAAAGUUGGGAGGAAAUGUUUUGCUGCGCAAAAGUUUUACCGCAGGUGCCUGCUCCCCCGAGCAACCUUGGCUGGCCCCUGAAACAUUUGCCUGCUUGGAAACUUUUGGCCCCGCCAAUAAAGACGAUUUGCCCUAUGAAAUUUUUGGCAUGGGACCCAAUGAAAGCGGUUUUGACAGGCCCCUUUCGGAGAUAUCCUAUGAAUCAGCAGAUCUGGCCAAUUUCGAUCAGCCAAACCCCCCAAGUUGUAUGACCUCCAGCACUGGCACUCUGUCCAAAUUUCAUCGCAGCUAUUCCAUGGGCCAGGGUUGGGGAGCUGUGCAGCAGCAAAGCAACACCAACUUCCGUGAGGAGCCCUACUAUCCCAAGGUGGUAUUUCGAAAGCGCAAUAACUCCACCACCGAUUCUGAUGGAUCCCUCUUGAUUUGUUAUCCUUCUGAGAAUCUGAGGCGCUUGGUACCCGAUCACAUGUUAAUAGCCACAUCGGUGGUCCAAAAAACCCAUCAUGGGCCAGAGGUGGGAGCAGACUCCAUAACCAGUGCAGAUGGUAAAGAUGCCAAGUUUGAGUUCGAAGGAAGCAAACAACAAAAUCAAAGAAACAAUUCCGAGGCCGAAUCGGCAAAUCAGGUCAAUGCCUUGCUGCAAAGGCCUUCCAUGGCGUUUAUGACCCAAAAGCAUGAUCUCAAGAAAUUGCGUAGUGCCAUGAAGAGAAGUUUGCGCAUUGCAACGUGUCGCAACUAUUCCUUGCAAGCUUUGAAUUGGCUUUUGCGCUCGGUCACGCAAAGUGUUUGUCUGCAUGAUCUUAUGUGGUGGUUUGUGUCCUCGCUAAGCAUCACCGGUCCAGCCAACAGUGAUCCCAUGGAUGGCAAAUUCGAUGAGCUAGAACCAGCCUUGGAGCAUCCAGUGUCCUAUACACAAAUCAGUGGCCGUCUCUCGCAUAUGAUUACCGAAAGUCUCCACACAUUUCUGCAAUCGGUGGCUGAUCUGACUUUGCAUUUGCCUUUGGGCUCCCCUCUGCAGCGCAUUGCCAUUCAAUGCUUUGGCAUACGCUUUCGUCAAACCGAUCAUCAAUUCUUGCAUAGUUCUCAUGUCUUUGGAAAUAUAUCGAAAAUCCUCUCCAAAUCUGACGAACAAAACGAAUCGCCCGGAGUCUUUGGCUUGCCCGAGGAUGCUGAGGCCAAAGAGCCCUCGACCAAGGAUCUGUAUGCAGUACCCGAUGCUGGUGGCAAAAUUAUCUACUACAGCGAUUUAAAUGGGCACUUUGAUGUCACAGUGUCAUCACGCCAAGCCAUGGCCGAGUCUUUGACUGACAACUCCACGGAGACGUUCUGGGAAAGUGAUGAAGAGGAUCGCAAUAAGAGUAAAAUUGUGGAAAUCUCCAUGAAUAAAUUGACCUAUUGUUGCAAAAUCCUACUCAUACACAUCGACAAUAGUCGUGACAUACAGAAUAAGGUCUCAACGGUGGCUUUCUACGGUGGCCAAUCUUUGGGCGAUACAAGUCUCAUAAAAUCCGUUGAAGUUGAUGCCAAGGCAUGCAUAUGGAUCUCGACAAAAAUUAACGAUGACAAUUUCACUCAUUUCCGUUUGGAGUUCACAGGGCCUGAGAAUACUUUGCGAGUGCGGCAAAUAAAAAUUUUGGGUCUACCAGCUGCCAUGUGUGGUUCAGGCGAUCAGCUGACCAAUCCUUAUGACUUGGCUGGGACUAGUUCAUCACAGGGUCAUGCCUUCAAAUACAACAUGAAGUUGACCAAUGCAGUGCGUAUACAGCAGCAGAUAUGUGAAGCGGAGACAUUGAGGGUGUUCCGAUUGAUAACAGGUCAAGUAUUUGGAAAACUUAUUAGUUUGGAGCCCGCAAAUGACGAGAGUGCUGGUGUUAUUGGCAAAAGUCUAUCGCAAAAUGCCUUGGGCAUGGAUACCAGUGCCAACUCAAUACUGGCAGACUCUCUCGACCUACGCGAGCACAUGGUGGGAAUUCUAUUCUCGCGCAGUAAGCUGUCUCAUUUGCAAAAGCAGGUCAUAGUUCAUAUUGUACAUGCCAUAAAAAAGGAGGCUCGAAGGGCCAGAGAAGACUGGGACGCUGUCAAUUUAGCCAAUUCUUUGCGGGAUCCUAAUGGUACUGGUUCAAAUGGCCAAGAAUCCAAAACGGAUGCCACUUCUGAAAGGGGACGCACGGCGGACACCUAUUGCUUUGAGAUGUUGAGCAUGGUUUUGGCCUUGUCGGGCAGUGUUGUGGGCCGCUCUUAUCUCUCCCAUCAACAUGGCUUGAUUAAAGAUUUGUUGAGUCUCUUGCAUACUGGCAGUGAUCGUGUGCAGCGCCAGGUCACCUCCUUGUUAAGGCGUAUCUUGCCAGAAAUCUCUCCGGCAACUUUUGCAGAUAUUUUGGGAGUACAUCGUUUGCCACCUUCGGAUUAUAAUAUAGCCCAUCAGAUAGCCAUAGAUUUCGAUAUGGAUAGCUUGGGUCUCUUGGACAUAUUCCUGGCGGUCAUAGCUAAAUCUUUGCAGUUACAGGUAAAGGUUAAAAGUGCUGGGGGCAAAUCAAAUAUGGAAAAGACUCCUUCUUUCAUACGCCUCUACAAUUCUUUGGACUUGUCGGUGCAUUUGCUAAAGACGAUAAAAAUGCAUAUGAGUGCGGAACAUGUGACUGCUGAAGCGGAAGAUUCAUUCUCUCGCACGGAAUACGGUUUUGAAUAUGAGCGGGCUAUGGAAAUGAAAACUUCACGCUCCAUCCAUAGGGAGGUGAAGAAGGAGACCACCAAAAAUCUCAAUCAAAGAUGGUUCUUAAAUGGAGUUAUACCAACCAAGCAGGCGGAGAGCAUAAUUUCGCUUAUCAGAGAUUUGGCAACGGGCAAGCUAGGUGAGAAAUGGUCUCAAAUGACCAAAGCUGCCAUAGCUGAGGCGGUUUUGAAUUUAACCCGUUUGGAUGAGAUAUUCCGUUGCCCGGAGAAUUGUGUAAAAACGGCCACCUUAUGGUUGGCUUUGGCCAGUCUCUGUGUGCUGGACAAUGAUCAUGUGGAGAAGUUAUCCUCUGGCCAGUGGACCAUAUCAGAUACCCGUCCCAUGUGCAGCAAUCACGAUGAUGGUGAAACUUCGGCCAUUAUACAGUGUGAAAGUUGUGGUUCCCUGUGUGGAGACUGCGAUCGUUUUCUGCAUUUGAAUCGCAAGACCAGAACUCACAAAAGAACGGUUUGCAAAGAAGAAGAGGAAGCCAUACGUGUCGAACUUCAUGAGUCUUGUGGUCGCACUAAACUUUUCUGGCUUUUGGCCUUGGCUGAUUCCAAAACCCUCAAGGGCAUGGUGGAGUUUCGUGAUGGCAGCCAUACUAUUAUUUCAGGAGCCCAGGACUCUGUGGGUCGCUGUCGCUUCUGUGGCAUUACAGGAAAUUCUGGUCUCUUGGAAAUUGGCAAUGUCUGUGCGGAUGCCCAAUGCCAGGAAUAUGCUGCCAACUCCUGCUUGAAAACCAAAUCGUGUGGUCAUGUUUGUGGUGGUGUGGUCAAUGAGAAGAAAUGUUUGCCCUGUCUGCAACAUGUGUGUCACGCUCGCGAGAAUAAUGUGGCCGAUGGCUUGAAUGAUCCCAAACUGACACAGGAUGCUGAUGAUAUGUGCAUGAUAUGCUUUGUUGAGGCUUUGGCCUGUGCUCCUUCGAUACAGUUGGAAUGCGGCCAUGUUUUCCAUUUCCAUUGUUGCAAAGCUGUUUUGGAGAAACGCUGGAGUGGUCCCCGCAUUACUUUUGGAUUUUCUUUGUGUCCCAUAUGCAAGGCUGAUAUAAAGCAUCCCAUGUUGGCGGAAAUCUUGGAGCCCAUUAAUGCUCUGAAGCAAGAUGUCAAACGAAAAGCUCAAAUGCGCAUUAAAUACGAGGGCAUUGUCAAGGACACCGAAAGUCGAGACUUAACAAAUUUAGCCAUGGAUCGUUAUGCCUACUAUGUUUGCUUUAAAUGCCAAAAGGCCUAUUAUGGUGGUGAGGCUCGCUGUGAUGUAGAAAUUGGAGAGAAAUUCAAUCCCGAAGAAUUGGUUUGUGGCGGUUGUUCCGAUGUGGCUCGUGCCCAAAUGUGUCCCAAACAUGGUACUGAUUUUCUAGAAUAUAAAUGCCGCUACUGCUGUUCGGUGGCCGUAUUCUUUUGCUUUGGCACCACUCACUUUUGCGAUACGUGUCACGAUGAUUUUCAGCGUCUAACAAAUAUACCGAAAAAUAAAUUACCCCAAUGUCCAGCUGGGCCCAAGGCCAAACAGCUGAUGGGCGAAGAAUGUCCCCUUCAUGUAAUACAUCCACCCACUGGUGAGGAAUUUGCCUUAGGGUGUGGUGUCUGCCGUAAUGCCCAGACAUUUUAGCAUCACAUUGAUCUCUUUAUGGAUGUGCGACGUGGCAGUGGUGAUUGUGGAGGUGGCGGUGUGCCUGGUGGCGGCAUCAUUGUUGGUGGUGGUGGCGAUCAAGAUUUCAUUGAAGUGCAAUUGGAAGAAUUGGAUAAUCGUCAUUGUCUGCAUUUGGAGGAAGCCAGCGAUGAUGAUGAUUAUGACUAGUCAUUAAUGAUAAUUAAAAAAAUUAUUUAUUUUUGAAAACAAAGGCCAUUCAUUAAUUGAUUACAAAACGAUAUGCAAUAUUUAUACUAUAUAGAAACUCAUGAUACUCACAUUAGUACUGCUGCAGGCAUAUGUACACAUUAGCAUGCAUGCUACAUACAAACAUAUUUCUCUAAGAAUAUGUUUUGUUUUAUAUUCAAUUUUAAAUGCAAAUUUUAUUCACAAUAUUUAAAAAAUAAUAACGUAUUAUAAUAAAAAAAAAAUAAACGUAUUAGCAAAACUGAUCAUUGAUCAACGUA